CCUGCGUGAUUUGCUGGAGGUUAAAAAAACGCUCUAAGUGAAGGUUAACCUCGUUCACGCGGUGGAAGUACUUAGUCGGUGAAAGAUGCGUCCAGGGAGGGUGGACUCCUCGCCUCCUCAGCAUCAGUGUAUGUGAAGAACCCCACAUCAGGACCCAUCUCUCCGCCUCUCUCACACUCACAACGGGGUUUAACUUUCUCAAGGCGAAUUCAUUUCAGUCGCCUCUCAAUGUAAACGGUCUAUUAGGGAGGUAUGCCUGCUUAUUUAUAGACUGGGGAGACUACGAGACUGUGACGGUGGCGUUUUGCCGAGCGGAGACCAAUUCGCCCGAAAUGAUUUCUUUCAAAUGAGAAAGUCAGAGAAAUGUCUCUUUCUCUGGGCGACACCGUCGGCAUCCCAGCCAUAAUGCACAGCCGGGAACAAGCGAGUGUUUGCGACCUCCGAACAAUAUUUGGAUUGUCAAGAACUCAAAGAUCUCGUAGCACUGAAUGCUGAAUGCCAUUAUCACCUUCGCUGACAUCAGUGCACGUCUUUGACGAGCCUAUUUCAUCCGUCACUCUUCCAUCUCCUUGCUAGAGUUAAGAUCACUGAGACUCUCCUCCCACUCACCUUUGACUCCUGCUGUUAUGGAGAAUCUCAGUGAACUCCAGAACCCCUUGCUGGACAAAAACAGUAAGCACAUGGUCAAUGGUUAUGGGGGUGACAUCCCUAAUAACCAGUACCAGGAAAACAUUAUUAAUUACUUUGCUGGAGGAGGCGGGGGAGGCGGCGGUGAGGGCGGAGGAGGAAGCGGAAAGAUGAACAGCGGCAACGUAGUGAGCGGAGGAGGUUACAGUACCAACGGGAAGAUGAAGUCUCAGCAGUUUUUGGAUGCCACCUCUCUGCAUCUGGCAGUAGAGGCCUUCUAUAGGCCCAACUUCAUCUUGUAUAAGGAGGACAGCGGCAGCAUCAAAGCUAAGGAAUAUAAAAGUGAGUGCUGUGAGACCACCUUCACAGAGAAGAAGGCGAAAGAGGCAUCCAACACAGCAGGGGGGGACACGCCCGGCACAGAGGACCCUCAGGCGAAGCUGCUGGAGGACGGCGAACACACCAAGAUCCAAACUGUCUCCUAUGAGGUUGAGGAGGAAGAGUAUGUGGAAUAUGAGACAGACUGCUCCAGUGACAGCGAGAGCGAGGACAACUUCAUAGUCGUCCCUCCACGAGACCACCUGGGUCUGGCCAUCUUCUCCAUGCUCUGCUGUUUCUGGCCUCUGGGGAUUGCAGCCUUUUACUUCUCACAGGGGACCACCAAGGCAGUGAACAAAGGCGACUUCCCUCUGGCCAACAUCGCUUCCCGACGGGCUUUGUUUCUCGCUGCCCUCUCCAUCACUAUAGGCACCGGUGUGUAUGUUGGGGUGGUGGUAGCUCUCAUCGCCUACCUUUCUAAACCAGGGCACAUAUAGCCGACACACCCUCCCUCCAAACACAUACCUCCAGGGAGCCCAUGAAGACAACAACCCCCCCUGGGAAACAGCAUUGCUCUCUCAGACUUGGAAGAAAGUUCUUUUUUUUUUUUAGAUGUACAGUUUUUUCCCUCCACCUCCUUUUUUUCCUGUCUUCUCUCCCUCCAGGUCCUCCAUCAGCCAAGAUUAGCUGCAGUGACUAGAAAGAGGUCAAGCUUGAGGGUGAGAAGAGCGGGAAUUGGGGAUAGACAAAGUUGUUUUUUUGUUUUUGAGUAUUGGAAGUAUUCCAGUGUUGGAGCACAGUUUGCAUCUCAUUGACUUAAACUCAUAUUUACUUCAUCCAUUUUUGGCUGGUUUUUAACAUCUACUGUGAGAAAGAAACUUUGAGGAGGAAAGACUAAGACUAUAACUGCUUGAACUACUAAAGAGCAGAGGUCGGGGAGGGUUAGAAUUUGACACAGAAUCACUCUGAAACCAACUCAGUGUUGUUGUUAUUUGAGCUGCUGUCACCUGUCAUCUUCGUUUGCCACCCAGGACUUUCUCUGUUCGUUAUUUGCUCCACUAACU